AUGGCCCAACCUUCCUUGGGGUUUCUGCUCCUCCUGGCUAGCUGCUUCUCCUCCUCCGAAACGCAAUUCCUGGACUGGAUUUGGGACAGCACAAAGACCACUGGAAGCCCAGCAGCACCCAGCAAGGGAAUCCCAGCCUCAGAGCCACUACCCUCAGCGGCAGCUCCUGCUCCCAGCCUGUCCCCAGGGACAUGGGGUGAUGAGAUGGUGAGGAAUGUCACCACCCCACAGCAGCAGGAGCCAGAUCCUGGUACAGCAGUGCCUACGGGUGAGGGGACCGCAGCCAAAACCACAGAGCAGUGGGACAGGAAUGUCACAGGGCUGAUGGAGAGCACGGCACAGCCCAGCAUCGCUCCUCCUCACAGCACCUCACCUGCCCCUGGGCAGGAUGUGGUCGGCAGCUCCACUGAAGACCCACAGCUGCCUGGAAUGGGGACCACCAAGGACAUGCAGCUCCUGGGAUCAGGGACCACUGAAGACCCACAGCUCCUGGGGUUGGGUACCACCAAGUCCCCACAGCUCCUGGGGUCAGGGAUGACUGAGGACCUGCAACUCCUGAGGAUGGGGACCACCAAGGACCAGCAGCUUUUGGAGUUAGGUACCACUGAGUCCCCACAGCUCUUGGAGAUGGGAAGUACAAAGGACCCACAGCUCCUGGGAACAGGGACCACUGGGGACCUGCAGGUCCUCGGGGCAGGGAGCAACAAGGAUCUGCAGCUCUUGAGGGCAGGGACCACCAAGCACCCACAGGUCCUGGGGAUUAGGAAUACCAAGGACCCACAGCUCCUGGGGACAUGGACCACCAAGGACCCACAGUUCCUAGGGAUGAGGACCACUGAAGACCCACAGCUCCUGGGGACAGGGACCGCCGAGAAUCUGCAGCUCCUGGGGAUAGGGACCACUGAGGACCUAGAGCUCCUGGGGAUGAGGAACACCGAGAACCCACAGCUCCUGAGGACAGUGACCACUGAGGACCCACAGGUCCUGGGGAGCACUGAGGACCCACAGCUCCUGAGAACAGGGACCAUCGAGAACUCGGAGCUCCUGGGGACAGGGACCCCCACAGCAAUGGAGACAUGGAUGUCCUUGCAGAGACCAGGAGGUCCCCAGCCAGAGAACCUGAGUGCCGAGGUCAGCCUCCUGGAGCUCAUCGGAGACCCGCCACCGGAGGAGAUCCUCAAAAUUUAUGGCCCUGACAACAACCCUGGCUAUGUCUUCGGUCCCAACGCCAACACGGGCCAGGUGGCCCGGUACCACCUGCCAAGCCCUUUCUACCGGGACUUCUCCCUCCUGUUCCACAUCCAGCCCACCACCCCCCGGGCCGGUGUGCUCUUUGCCAUCACAGACUCCUCGCAGAGCAUCAUCUACGUGGGCGUCAAGCUCUCGGAGCUGCGGGCAGGCAAGCAGCAGAUCAUCUUCUAUUACACGGAACCGGGCUCGCCCAGCUCGUAUCCGGCAGCCACCUUCACCGUGCCCACCUUGCUCAACCAGUGGACGCGCUUUGCCAUCAGCGUGGAGGAGGAUGAAGUCAUCCUCUACUUGGACUGCGAGGAGCAUGAGCGGGUCCGGUUUGAGCGCUCCCCAGACGAGAUGGAGCUGGAAGAUGGCUCUGGGCUCUUUGUUGCUCAGGCUGGAGGGGCUGACCCGGAUAAAUACCAGGGGGUCAUUGCUGAUUUGAAGCUGCGAGGGGACCCGCGGGCGGCAGAGCGCCAGUGCGAGGAAGAGGAGGAUGACACGGAGCUCUCCGGUGAUUUCGGCAGUGGGGCAGAAGGUGGACACCAACCCUCAGGGAAGGUCGGGGGUGUCCCAGGGCUGGUGGAUGCUGUCCCUGUCACCUCUCCCCCCGUGGCGGGGGGCAGCGGGCCAAGGAGCAGUGGGGGGUCCCCGCAGCAAGCUGAGAGGACCAGAGCAGAGGAGACCCUGCGGGUCUCCAUGGGAGGCACCGGCCCCAAAGGUGAAAAGGGGGAGAAGGGCGAACGUGGCUUGAAAGGGGACUCAGGGACUGGUGGUAUCAUGGGGACAAGCAGUGUCAAGGGCCAAAAGGGGGAGAAGGGAGACCUGGGCAUCAAGGGCAGUGCUGGAUUUGGCUAUCCUGGCUCAAAGGGCCAAAAAGGGGAACCGGGUGACCCCGGCCCACCCGGGACCCUCUCUCGGCACACCGAUGGUUCAGUGGUGGAGCAGGUCACUGGUCCCCCAGGGCCACCAGGGAAAGAUGGAGCCCCCGGCAGGGAUGGCGAGCCCGGAGAUCCUGGCGAGGACGGCAAACCUGGUGAUAUGGGGCCCCAGGGGUUCCCCGGGAUGCCAGGAGAGCCGGGUCUGAAGGGGGAGAAGGGUGACCCAGGCAUGGGGCCAAGGGGACCCCCUGGACCACCUGGCCCCCCAGGACCACCAGGACCCUCCUCCAAGAAUGACAAGCUGACCUUCAUUGACAUGGAAGGCUCUGGCUUCGGCGGUGACCUGGAGAGCCUGCGGGGUGACGUGGGUGACCUCGGCCUCCCCGGUGUACCGGGACCCAAGGGCAACAAAGGAGAAAUGGGACCAGCAGGACCGCCGGGAGAAACGGGUUUAGCUGGCCUUCCUGGGCCCAUCGGACCCCGAGGGCAGCCAGGGCCUCCCGGGCCCCCGGGCCCACCAGGGCCAGGCUACGAGGCUGGAUUUGGUGACAUGGAGGGCUCGGGGCUGUCAUUCACCCCUGGACCACCUGGACCUGAAGGGCCACAGGGGCUGCCAGGACUGCCAGGGGCGAAGGGAGAGGUCGGCAGCCCUGGACAGCCCGGCUUACCAGGCCCGAAGGGAGAUGCUGGCAUGCCUGGUGUGGAUGGACGUCCUGGCCUGGAGGGCUUCCCUGGACCACAGGGACCCAAAGGUGACCAAGGCAGCCCUGGUGAGAAGGGAGAGCGAGGACAAGAUGGUGUGGGGCUGCCCGGCCCCCCAGGGCCACCCGGUCCCCCUGGACAGGUCAUCACUCUCUCAAGUGAAGAUAAGUCUUUGGUGGCUUUUCCUGGUCCAGAGGGCAGACCAGGCCACGCUGGCUUCCCGGGUCCAGUGGGACCAAAAGGAGACAAGGGGUCAACUGGUCCCCAGGGCUCCCCAGGGUUGAAGGGGGAGAAGGGGGAACCCGGUGUCAUCAUCAGCCCUGAUGGGACCGUGGUCACCGCAAAGGUGAAAGGAGAAAAGGGGGAGCCGGGGCUGCAGGGACCAAUGGGACCUUCAGGUCCCCGGGGACAACCAGGGAUGAAGGGAGAGAUUGGCUUUCCAGGCAGACCCGGACGUCCUGGCAUGAAUGGGCUGAAGGGUGAGAAGGGUGACCCCGCAGACGUGCUGGGCUUGCGGGGUCCCCCAGGGCCCCCAGGACCUCCUGGGCCCCCUGGGCCACCUGGCAGCAUAGCCUACAACAGUGGCAAUACCUUCAGUGACUCCAGCCAUCCUGCACUGCCAGCGUUUCCUGGUCUCCACCAGUUCCCAGGACAGAAGGGAGAGAAAGGUGAUGCCGGACCCCCAGGGCCCCCAGGGCACUUCCCCUAUGACCCGACUCACUUUGGCACCAACCUGCGGGGUGACAAGGGAGAUGCAGGUCCCAAGGGUGAGAAGGGUGAGCCGGGCAGCACCCCACUCUACAAUCCCAGUGUUUCCGGGCUGCCAGGGCCUCCAGGGCCCCAGGGAUACCCUGGGCUGCCAGGUCCCAAGGGAGACAGUAUUGUCGGGCCACCGGGGCCUCCUGGACCUCAGGGUCCCCCUGGUAUUGGAUAUGAGGGGCAGCAGGGCCCCCCUGGCCCUCCCGGCCCCCCUGGUCCACCCUCCUUCCCAGGUCCCCACAGACAAGCUAUCAGCAUCCCUGGACCCCCAGGACCACCAGGACCCCCUGGACCACCAGGCACUAGCGGGUUAUCCUUGGGGCUCCGUGCCAUGCCAACAUACCAGGUGAUGCUGAGCGCCGCACACGAGCUGCCCGAGGGCAGCCUCAUCUUCCUGACUGACCGGCAAGAGCUCUACGUCCGCCUGCGCGGGGGCUUCCGACGGGUGCUGCUGGAGGAGCACAACCUGAUCCCCAGUUCAGCUCUGGACAACGAGGUGUACGACAAGCCGCCCACCAUCCACUACGCUGGCACCCAGCCCCACGGGCCCCUGCACCCCCUCCGUAACCAUGUCCCCCCCCCCACUGCCCGACCCUGGCGUGGGGAUGAGGUGGUGGCCAACCAGCACCGCCUGCCUGAGCAACCCCUGCUCCACCACCAGGACGAGCUCCUCAACAGCUACUACAUCCACCGCCGGCCGGAUCCGGCUCCCGUGGCUGCCCACGUGCACCAGGACUUCCAGCCCGCUCUUCACCUGGUGGCCCUGAACACCCCCCUCAGUGGCGGCAUGCGUGGCAUCCGGGGCGCUGAUUUCCAGUGCUUCCAGCAAGCCCGGCAGGUCGGGCUGGCCGGCACCUUCCGCGCCUUCCUCUCCUCACGCUUGCAGGAUCUCUACAGCAUCGUGCGCAGGGCCGACCGUGCCGCUGUCCCCAUCGUCAACCUCCGGGAUGAAGUGCUCUUCAAUAACUGGGAAGCCCUUUUCACAGGCAGCGGGGCUCCGCUGCGAGCUGGCACUCGUAUCCUCUCCUUCGACGGCCGGGAUGUCCUGCGGGAUGCGGGAUGGCCACAGAAGAGUGUGUGGCACGGCUCGGAUGCCAAGGGCCGGCGCUUGCCCGACAGCUACUGUGAGACGUGGCGAACGGAGGAGCGUGCCGUCACCGGCCAGGCUUCCUCACUGACCUCCAGAAAACUGCUGGAGCAGGUGGCCAGCAGCUGCCAGCACGCCUUCAUCGUCCUCUGCAUCGAGAACAGCUUCAUGACCGCCGCCAAAAAGUGACACCCACCCUCCCAUCCCCUGGGUACCCCCAUUUCCCCAGGGAGGGGCGGGGACCCUGCACCCUGGCACCCCUGGGGUCCUCAGCUCCCUCCACGUGCCUGCUCUCGCCCCGCAGGGUUUUCUUCUCCCGCAGACCUGAAGCCAAAGAGUAUUGCCAUGGCCCCUGCCCUGGAUCGGCAGGGGCUUGGGUGCCACCCGGGGCAGAGCAGCCAUGAGCUGGCUGCCUUCCUCCUUCUCCUCCUCAUCCCCUCACUCUUCUUCUAACUCCUAAUAUUUAACCACUUCAGCUUGUUCCCCCACUUGCUUGGAUGCUCUUUUUGGCAUGGCUGGCUGGGAGGCUGCUUGACAGGGAGAUUUCAGAGCUGCCAUGUCAGGUGCCCUCCCUAAGAGCCUGUGGGGGCUCCCUGACCAGCACCCCAGCCCCACACUGUCCUCACCAGGAGCUUGGCGUUGGACCCAAAUCUCUGCUGCUGGGGCCAUGGGAUCUUCUUCAGCCAAAAUCCUGGCAUCCCACCCAAGGGACUGUCCCAUGGCAGUGCUUGGGCUCCCUCAGAUGGUCUCCCUCCUCCCCAGGUAAAGACUAUCCCAUCAUCAUCCUCACCUCCACCUCCCAGCCAGCAGAGCUCUGGCGGGGGUCUGGUCUCCCCCAUCCCCUGCACACACCCUCGGGACCUCUGUCCCUGCCCCUGCAGCCCAGGUACAGCCACAGUCAGCCCAGAACAGGUACUGGGCUGAAGGGGUGGCCCCGAUGUGUGGCCAGAUGUGCCCUUGGCGUGUGUUUAUGUGCGUGUGCGUGUUGAGUACGUGUGGUAUCAAGGGCAGGCACUGCCAUCCCCCCUCCCCAUGCCACCUUUGCUGGGCUUGAAUGGUGAAGGCGCAGCAAAACUGGUUAGAAUUGGUGUGGGCAAAUCCAAGGUGCUAAAAAAAAACCAAAAAAAAAAAGAAA